UUGCGCCGUUUCCACUCUCGACCUUUCUCUCGCCUGGUACCGUGGAGCGAACUUUUGGGAUCGCCCAGACGACCUGCGGAACCACGACGUCCACGACGCUGCCCGUCUGCGAAUUGUCCCUUCAGCUCCUGCACAAGCCCGGCGACAACCACGCGGCAGCACUCGCGCUGCCCGCCACCAUUGUUCCUUCACCGACACAUACAUUGCUAGCACAUCAUGGAGAGUCCCGGGGCCUACCCAGAGUCUCCGAUCGAGGACGAGGUCGUAUAUCCGUGCAAGGGAUGCGGAGAGAUCCUCGAGGAAGGCAAGGCCUUUGAACUCGCCGGAAACCGAUGGCAUAUCGACUGCUUCCGCUGCAACACGUGCGGCACCCUCCUCGACUCGGAUGCGAACCUGUUGCUGCUCGGCGACGGCUCUCUGAUAUGCAACAACUGCACAUACAGCUGCAACCAUUGCGGGAACAAAAUCGAGGAUCUGGCCAUCUUGACCGGCGACCAGGCCUUCUGUGCCAACUGCUUCAGGUGCCGGAAUUGCAAGCGCAAGAUUGAGAAUCUGCGUUAUGCCCGCACUUCACAGGGUAUCUUCUGCAUGUCCUGUCAUGAGUCGCUCAUGGCUCGACGGCGCAAGAAAUCUAAAAAGCCACCCUCAGUCGCACCCAAGGUAGAUAAAUCCUUGCCUGCUCUGCCUCCCCAGGAGCAGGCGACCUCCACCUUUACCCCAGACCUCGACACGCCAUCCGAUGUCUUUUCGGAACCCACCACGACCGACGUAUCUCCCAGACCCCCUCAGCCACGACGGGGCGACUCAUCAUCCAACUUUAGGCGAGAUGCCUCGCCAAUUGGAGACAUUUCACGAAGGGAUAACACAACGCUCCCCGCAACAACAUACAACAAAGACAACAAUACGCGUUCGGAACUUGUAGACAAUGGCGACGACGGUAUCCUUCUACCUUUUGCUCUGGACCCCAACCCUGCGCCAGGCCCGUCACCACUUGGCCGACCCAUUAGCCGCUUCAACGACCAAGCAUUAGGAGCUAAGUCCAGUGGAAAUGGCGCCACUAAGAACGGCCGCGAUUACUUCAGCAGGCCUACCGGCGAUCAUCGCGAGAAAUUGAAGGAAAACAGCUCCCGAGAAGCCUCCAAAGAGAGACGCCAAACACAAACCACCCAGAGCCCGCACAUCGCUUUCCAGGAAAAAGGAAGACAGCCUUCAGACACACUGGUCGAGACGCUCAGGAAGAAGAAGGACAGCUCUAACGAAUCGCCUUCAGCUGAGCCCCGGUCGAGAAGUCAGCACGCUUCUCCCGCUCCUUCAGCUGCGGAGCCCUUCAAGCUACAGGAUGUCCCAAAGAAUAAGAAGGCCGAGGCCAAACGCAAGGACUCUGACGAAACACCGUCACCACAGCCCCAGGAACGAAUGCAGUUGCCUACUUCCUCCAAGAACGACACCAUGUCUGCGCGGCUGAGCCGCCCGCUGAUUGAACCUACAUUCACAUCUUCUCCACCACUUGGCUCGCAGGACUCACCGCAAACCUCGGAAUCGUCGUUCGGAUCCAACCUUGUAGUAGAACGACCUGCGCGUGGCGAUUCGCUCAAAUCCUCGGCUCUGAAGCCAUCAGCUCCCAUUUCGCGAAACGAAAGACCUAGUCCGUCACCCACCACGCCUACCCUCAACCAUCCCGAGCGAACAUCAUCCACAAACACAGCAAGUGCGAAUCUCAACGCGGGGCUUGGUAUACUCAGUCCUGCGGAUUCGCCAUCCUCUAAAACUCCAUUAGAUCCGCCUGCGCUUCCCGCGCGUUCAGGUGGGCGUCCUGCACAACCUUCGACUGACACAUUCACAUCUCCACGCGCACCCCCACAACCGCCCACCGUACAACACCAUAAGACAAAUGAAUCCAUCAGUAGUGCCCAAAGCGAAGCAUCUCGAGAAGCAUACGGUGCUGGUGGCCUUCCCCGGUAUAGCCACCAGGGCGAUUUCUCCAUGGACGAGGACUUCGCGCGCUUGCUUGGAAGCCAAGAUGGCAGAGAUGAUAAAGAGACCGGAGUCUUCAGGAGGGUUUCGAACGCUGUCUCUAAGCAUGGACGCAGUUUCAGUGACCGUGGCUCUGUCACAUCGCGAGGUCACAAGAAAUGGCCUACGAACGGCUCGAUCGACAUUAGCAGCCCCACAGUUGCCUCGCCGGAUACCAAAGAAGAAGGCGUCAAUCUGCGAAACGAGCUGCGCCGCGCUCAGCAGCGGAUCGCAGAGCUCGAAGCUGAAAAGAAUGGGCUACAAGAAUCGAUGCACAGCGCAGCCGACAUCAAACAAGCGAACACGGUUCUGAGAGAGAAGCGAAACACAAUGGCAGUCUUGGAUACGCAACGCGAGAUGGUGAUUCGCGAAUUAGAGAUCAUGACUGAACAUCUCAAGAAAGCCAAGAGCAAUCAGGGCAACAUUGAGAUCAACCAACUCAAGUCAGACAUUCUUAAAGAGUUUGCAGGCUCGCUGCAGAAACUGAAAGAUAAUCUGGGGAAUCAAAUAGAAGACCUCAUUACGAAAAGGUCGGAUUUGACAGAAGAGAUCUCGAAUCUCAUACAGAUGAAAGACAAAGGUUUCCAGGAGUACGAAUCGCUUACGGCUGCUAAUGCCAGACUCUCCGCAAUGAAUAGGGAUCUGGUGGACAACAUACAGACAAAUCUCAAGAACAACAAGAAGCCUGGGCAGAACCUUGACGUGGCUGCGAAUGGCCUAGGCAUAUACAACGCGCAGCAAAAGGGCGGCAAGUCAGAAGUAUCAGUAGAUACACAGCCAAUACCCCAUGAGCACUCUUAUGCCAAUCUCCAUGACGAUACUGAGGCGACAGUCGCUCAGCCGCAGGUUGUCAACAUCAGGAAGACUGGAAAGCCUACCAAGUUUUCAACAUGGAAGAAGGGUGGGCAGGCCAUUACAAAGAACGUCACCAAGGGCUUCAAAGGCGCGUUCGGUUCAGAGCAGAAGCAGGAGGACUACAACGUCAAGGUCAUUGGUACACCGUAUGGAUCCGUGCACUCCGGGCCUGACAUCGCAUCCAUGUCCAUGUCUAGUUCCAUCAAGAGUCGAGAUACUAUGGACCAAGGAACUCCGCGCGGCUGGUUCGGUGGAAAGCCCGGAAACGUUCGACCAGGCGGACCACCCCAAGCUGGCUUCAGGCCCAUGCAGAAUAACAACACCAGUACUGCUAACCUGGCUGCUGCCGACGCCAGUACCGUGCUUUUCGGAUCUGAUCUGACUGCACGUUGUGAGUUUGAACGGCAGAUGAUUCCACGCAUUGUCAGUCGAUGCAUCGAAGAGGUCGAGCUCCGCGGUAUGGAUGUGGAAGGCAUCUAUCGUAAGAGUGGAGGAACUUCUCAGGUGAACCAAGUCCGUAGUGGUUUCGAGACGGACACCGAGCACGAUAUCUCAGACCCUGAUUUGGACAUUCAUUCAGUCACUUCUGCGCUGAAGAACUACUUCCGCAGGCUUCCUGUGCCGUUGAUCACGUAUGACGUUUACGAUCAGUUCCUGGAAGCGGGCCAACUUGAGGAGCCGAAUGCCCAAGCCAAAGCUUUGUCUGCUGCUGUGAACGAGAUCCCCAAGGCUCACCGUGAUACACUACAGUUCCUUGUGUUCCACUUGUCGCGCGUCAUACAACACGCCAGCGACAACUUGAUGACACCACUCAAUGUCGCCGUCGUCUUCGCGCCAACCAUCAUGCGGCCCAUGGACAUCCAGCGCGAACUCACCGAUGUGCAACAGCAGCGCGUCGCCGUACAAGCUCUACUGGAGAACUACAAGACAGUGUUUGGCGAUGAAUGAGAUGAGCAAUUUGCUCAUAAGACACUGUCAUGGUAGUUGAAGACGUCUUAUCCUUCUGUUAUAUCGUUUCCAUUUUCAGCAUGUGUAUCUA